AACUUAUGUGACUCGCAGACUCCUCGUCGAAUCAAGUCUUAAAGUAACAUAAUUUCGUCGAUGAGCUGGUUUAGUCGUUCAAACUCUGAACAAUCUCCAGCUGCAACAAGGCAGGACCGCCAGAAAUGCUGGGAAAGUCGUGACCAAUACUUUGAAUGCCUGGAUAGCGCUGGUGUUCUGACUGCUGGAGAAGAAGGGACAGCAUGCACCAAAUCAAAGUUUCAGUACGAAAAGAGCUGUGCCAAAAGCUGGAUUGAUUAUUUCAACAAAAGGAGGGUUCUCGCUGAGAAACAGAAGGAUAUGCUUGCACAGUCUCAGCUCCAAUCGCAGGAAGCUAAUCGCAAACUAUAGUUCUGCUUGCGUACGAGAAAUUCUGGUCAAUCCAUUUAGGCAGAAUACUUAUGAUGAAUCAUUUUGCAUCACAGCACCACCUCGGGCCUGACUCAUCCACCCCCGAAUUUUGCAAGCUGUGGUCCGUGGUUACAUUCUUUCGCAUGAAACAAGCAGAUUACUUCUAAUUCCCAAUUCCUUAAUUUUAAGAUACCAUUCAAUCAUCAUCAAG